GACCCGUCGUCUGCUAUCAACAGUCUGUCAGCUAAUCAGAGAGACGGGAACGUAGACUCGUGGAUAUAGGAACGUAGGCGCGUGUGUCACAGCUCGUAGAACGUACGCUCGUGAGAACGUCUUUUGCCGCAGUGAAUGAAAAUUCGAAGGAACAUAGUACCCCACCCUACUAAUACAUGGAAACAAGUAUGGCGGGACAGAAUGAUCUACAUGUGUGUAGCAUUUGUUUAAAUGAUUUCACUAUACCUAAAAUAAUAGAUUGUCAUCAUACAUUCUGUGAACAAUGUCUGGAAGGUCACGUCAAGAAAUCGGCUACAGGUAACAACUUUUUGUGUCCAUUGUGUCGCAAACAAAUACGAAUUCCAAGGGGUGGGGUGAAGGAGUUUCCACUGAAUUUUUAUAUCAAGGAAAAGUUUCUUGAUCUGUCAUCUUGUGGUGUCUGUAAGACUACGCCCUGUGUGUUUAACUGUAGAAAUUGUGAACAAUAUUUGUGCCGUCCGUGUAAGACAACCCACGAUGCUCUCGCUGACAAUAAUAACCAUGUGAUAUUUACAUUAGAUGGAUACAAUAGCAGUAACCUAGAGCAGAAAACUUACUGUAAAAUACACAGACGCCAAGAAAUAAACGUCUUUUGUAGUGACUGCAUGAUUGCAGUCUGUCAGAUAUGUUUAGAACGAAACCAUGCCAAUCACUACACGUCAGAUUUGAUGGACUAUUUGAGCGACGUGGGUAAUGAAUUGGAUAUUAAUAAAAUAUAUAUUGAGGAUAUGUUAACACAAUUAAAAUCUGAUGUGAAUAAUAUAAACCAAUCGAUACGUGAAACACGACAAAAUUCAAACACUGAAUGUGAUAAGAUAGACGAGCACGUUAAGAUAUUUUAUAAAAUGUUAAAACGGUCAGGAAUGGAUAUGAAACAAGAUUUAAAGAAAAUCCAGGAUGACUAUGAAGAAAAGAUGAGAAAAUAUAAAGACGGUAAAGAAAUCAUGAUUAAAGAGCUAGAAAAUUGUUUAAAUGCCACGACUAAAGAACUUAAAAAGACAUCAGUAGAUAAAUUGUUGACAGUCUCACGCUAUGUAAAAUCAACGAAAGAAUCUAUUAAGGAUAAAUUAGCCAGUGCCGUCAGUGUGCCUCGUUUAAGAUUAUGUAAAUAUCUGACAGGCCAACCAGAUGAAUUCGCUUUAUCAUGGGAUAUGGGGGGUUUGGUCUAUAUAAAUGAAGUAUGGGCUAAUGUAAAGAAUAGAAGUAUUGGAAGAUUAUUGAACUUCCAUAUAAGGCAUUACCUUGACGAACCAAGUAAAAGUAUAAAUUUUAAGGAAGCUAUUGUAAAGGUAUUUGUACCGUUAAUAAUAUUUCUGUUUCUUAUGGUUUUGCUUUGAUUUUCAUCCUUUUGAUUGCUGAAAAAAUGCAUGAAAUGCAAGUACUUCAUUAUAUGGUACUAUCCAUGGACCCCACUCGCUAUACCGAAAAGUUUUGAUAUAGUAAAAGUCAGAUAUUUAGUAAUGAGUACAAGUUUGAAUUAUUUGGAAACUAAUUAACAUCCCAAAAAUAUAAUAUAAACAAAAAUGACUGUCCCCGAGACGAUGUAAAUCCCAAUAGUAUUUUCUUUUACGGACAAAACGUCUGCCAACCGGUUUCACAGGGUAUUGGGAAAGCCUUCUUAUAACUAUGUAUAAGAUGACUGACCUUUAUAAGUUCAAAUGUCUUCUAUAUAUGACGUCAUAUCACACGGCGUCGAUCAUUGGUUCGAUAGCGCGUGGAUGGUUUACAUCACGUGAACUGGUCCGGGCAGAAUGAUGCCUUUUACUCAUUUUAUAUACCCAUUUAUAGUAAAUAGCAAAUAUUUUUAUCCAGAUGCACUUCAAACAUCUUUAUUUAUUUUUCUAAUACUUUAAAGAAACUGUUUUAGAAUUUAAUUUGCAGAAAGAACACGGUUAAUAUUGUGAGCUCGCGGCCUGGCGAAUAUUCACUGCUGAUCAGUGUGGACGCCUGCUUCCUUCCAGGGCGAUAUCGCAGACAAAGAUGAAUAUCAAGUGCAUAUCGGUCAUUUAAAUUAAAUUGAAUACUUAUCGACUCAACUAACCACACUGACUGUUUAUGGUUAAAUAUAAUAGGCUACACACAUUUUGAAACUAAAAAAUGUGAUCACACAACUCUUGUUUUAUAUAAUUUACACUGGCUAUCUGUUAAACAUCGGGGGGUUGGAUGGCCGAAUGGUUAGCAAGCGCGCGCUGUAUCAUACGGUCUGUCAUUGAGUCAAUUGGCGGGGUUUCGAUUCCCCGGUUGUACGUGACAAGGAGUAGUGUCGCCUGUCCAACCUCGUGGGUUUUCUCCGGGUCCUCCGGUUUCCUCCCACAGCUAAAGACCCCUACGCGCAAGCGAAUUAUUGAAAUAAAAUUGAACCAUGUUUUAGUCCCGAAAUGACCUAGUUUAUGUCGAAUGGACGUUAAACCCCAUUUCUCUCUCUCUCUCUCUCUCUCUCUCUCUCUCUCGCUUCUCUCUCUCUCUCUCUCUCUCUCUCUGUGUUAAACAUCGAAUUGAUUUUAAGAUGUUAUCACUUAUCCACGGUCCUGUGAGUGUGUGUAGAUUAUUAUUAUCAUAAGUUUCCAGUAUUAAAGAUUUGAAGAACCAUUCCAGACUCUUGUAAUAUCUGACGGACCUCACGGUCACAUAUCUAUCAAUUGACGGUACAGAUACCUUGAUUUGUUCGCUAUUCACUUCUCGUUGUUUAGAUUCGUCGUAUUCUUUGAUUUUUGUUAUUCCAUGUGAAACCUUGUAUAAAUUACAAAACAAAAUCUUAAAAUAUUUGGCAGCUCGGUUUAUAACUGAUGCAUCAUAUAAAUAACCCUAGUCUAUUGUAAUUACACUGGCUACAAAUAAGGGUUUUGGAAUUGAAGAUGCAUUAUAUAAGAGCUAAAUCUGACUAAUGCAGAUUUUUUGUUUGAUUUCUAAUGUUAUAUACACCAUUAAUUAGACAUUUAUCUACAUGUCAGGCCCACAAUCAACGCUCUAGAUCAUCGGAUACUUAUGAUUUUCAACGGAUUUUAACACGAUUGUUAGUUAAUGAUUUAAUUAAAAAUGGAUAAUCGAGAGUUUGUUUAUUAUCGUGACAACGGUAGCAAUGACAAUCGAGACUAUACUCCGCUCAGAAUGAAGUAAUUUUACUGAAAUUUUCAACAUAUUCCCUUUACAUUAUCUAUAUUUAUAACUAGUUAAGCGAGAACUGUCGGCUCUUUAUGUAAAUCUUACAUAAUGUAUCUUUAAAUAAUUAAAUUUUAUUUGUAUGAAUUAUUGUAUAUUUAUGAUGAUUCGGGGAUUUAAUUUGGAUUACAUUUUAAUUGUAUGAAUUAUUGUAUAUUUAUAAUGAUUCGGGGAUUUAAUAAUGGUUAAAGGAUUAAAUUGUAUUGAUAUUAUAACCGUGCAGGUUAUAGUAGUUAUAUGUUAUAAUUUAAAUCUUGAAUAUUUAAGAUAAUAUAUUAUUCAUUUUAAAAGUGAAAGCCUUCAAAUUGAAUUUAUUUAAACUCUCGCAACAAUAACUAUUUUAUUCCUUUAAAACAUUAAUUGUAUGUGUGCUAUUAAAAGGUGACUAGCCAAGGGUGAAAUGUUAUGUAAUCCUAAUGACAUGUUAAUUUAUUAUAAUCCCUUAUUGUUUAUAAAAUACUGUUAUAGAUAGAAAGUAACUGACCAUAUGGCCUGUCUGGUGAACAUGUCAAUCGUAUGAUUAAUCUAUUAAUUGUUUUAUUUACCAUUGUUUUAUUUCAUAUAUUGUACAUUAUUACAUCAAUGCUUAUUUAUGUCAACACUUGAUCUAGCCAAGUGAUUAGUAAUUCCAUAUAAAUAUGUGAUUGUACUUGAUACGUCAGUCAUUUAGGUCUAUCCGACUUAGUAGCAUAAGGUACUAGUCGGUUAUCCGCGGUCCUGUAAGUGUAUGUAGAUAAUUAUUAUUAUAAGUUUCCAGUAUUAAAGAUUUGAAGAACCAUUCCAAACUCUUGUAAUAUCUGACGGACCUCACGGUCACAAUAUGAAUUAUUGUAUAUUUAUAAUGAUUCGGGGAUUUAAUAAUGGUUAAAGGAUUAAAUUGUAUUGAUAUGAAUUAUUGUAUAUUUAUGAUAAUUCGGGGAUUUAAUAUGGAUUAAGUUUUAUUUUUAUCAGUUAUUGUAUGUUUAUUGUGAUUCGGGGAUUAUAUAUGAAUUAAAUUUUAUUUAUAUGAA